AUGAAGGAAGAUAAACUUGCAGAUACACUAAAAGAUGAGCUGGUCUUCAUUUAUCAACGACAACUUAAGCGCAACCUGAAGAAGAAGUAUGAGUGUGUGUUUGAAGGAAUUGCAAAGCAAGGCGACUCCACAUUUCUGAAUAGCAUCUACACAGAUCUCUAUAUUACUCAGGGUUGUAGGGAACAGGUCAAUACUGAACAUGAGGUGAGACAGAUUGAAGUUACUUCCAGACGUUAUGAAUCACAAGAGAUACAGGUUGAAUGCAACAAUUUGUUUGAAGCACCUGAACAAGACAAGGAGAUCAGAACUGUACUGACAAAAGGAGUUGCUGGCAUUGGAAAAUCAGUCUCCGUGCAAAAGUUUGUUGUGGAUUGGGCUGAGGGAAAAGAAAACCAAGAUAUUAGCUUCAUAUUUCCACUUCCAUUCAGAGAGUUGAAUUUAAAAGACAAAGAAACACAAAGUUUACUGAGCCACAUAAAUCAUUUUUUCCCAGAGACGAGAGGAAUGAACCUUUCAAAAGAUAAAUUGAAAGUCCUGUUCAUUCUUGAUGGUUUGGAUGAAUGCCGUCUUCCUCUAAACUUUGCUGGUAAUGAGACAUGGUCUGAUGUAUCAUCACCAGCCUCUCUGGAUGUUCUCCUAACAAACCUCAUCAAGGGAAAUCUGCUUCCUUCUGCUCUCAUCUGGAUUACCACCAGACCAGCAGCUGCCAGUAAGAUUCCUCCUGAAUGUAUCGACCGAGUCACAGAGGUCAGAGGGUUCAAUGAUGCACAAAAGGAGGAGUACUUCAGAAAAAGAUUCACAGAUGAGGAUAUGGCCAGAGAAAUCAUUGAUCAUGUUAAACAAUCAAAGAGUCUCUUUAUCAUGUGCCACAUCCCAGUCUUCUGCUGGAUUUCAGCCACUGUUCUCCAGAACAUUUUAGAGGAGAAAAGAAAUAAUGUUGUGAAAAACAAUCAGUCUACUGACGGCUCCAAAACACUGCUGGAAUCAAAAACUGAAGACACUCCCAAGACUCUGACACAAAUGUACACACACUUUCUCCGCUUUCAGAUCCAGCAGAGCAGACGAAAAUAUGAAGGAGAAUACAGACCAGAUGUUUCCUGGGAUAAAGAUGCCAUCCUAUCACUGGGGAAACUGGCAUUUCAUCAGCUGCAAAAAAACAAUCUGAUCUUCUAUGACACAGAUCUGGAAGCCUGUGGUAUUGACGUCUAUAAGGCAUCAGUGUAUUCAGGCAUGUGUACCCAGAUCUUUAAGGAGGAAACAGGGAUCAAUAUUGGUACCAUGUACUGCUUUGUUCACAUGAGCAUUCAAGAGUUUAUUGCAGCUCUUUAUGCACAUCUGUUUCUAGACAUGAACAAGAAAAGUCCAUUUGUUCAAGACUCUUUAGAACAGGAAAACAAAAAGGAGACUAUGAUUGAUUUGCUCAAGACUGCAGUGGACAAGGCACUCAAGAGUGACAAUGGACACCUGGACCUUUUCCUUCGCUUCCUUCUUGGUUUGUCACUCGAGUCUAAAAAAACACUCUUACGAGGUCUGUUGACACAGCAAGAUGACAAUGAACAGAGCAAAGAGGAAAUAGUUGAGUACAUCAAGCAGAAAUUUGAAGCUAAUCUGUCUCCAGAGAGAUCCAUCAAUCUGUUCUACUGUCUGAAUGAACUGAACGACCAAACUCUGGUGAAAGACAUUCAGACCCACCUUAGCAAAGGAAGUCUCUCAUCUGCUGAUCUUUCACCUGCCCAGUGGUCUGCUGUGGCCUUCGUGUUGUUGACAUCAGAGGAGGAGAUGGAGGAGUUUGAGCUUCAGAAAUUCAAGAAAUCAGACGAGUGUCUCAUUCGACUAUCACCAGUCAUAAAAACCUCCAAAAAAGCUUUGUUAAAUGAUUGUGACUUAACAGACAAAAGCUGUUCAGCUCUAGUCACAGUUCUUGAAUCAGAUACAAGUCUGAAAGAGCUGAACAUGAACAACAAUAAUCUGCAGGAUUCAGGAGUGAGUUUGCUCUGCACAGGACUGAAGAGUCUAAAGUGUAAAUUGGAGAUACUGAGGUUCAACAAUUGCGCGCUAACAGAGAAAAGCUGUUCAGCUCUUGCUUUAGUUCUCCGUUCAGGCUGCAGCAGCUUGAAGAAUAUUGACCUAAGCAACAAUAAUAUACAGGAUUCAGGAGUGAAGCUGCUCUGUCCUGGACUGGAAAGUCCAAAUUGUAAAUUGGAGAUACUGAGACUUUCGGACUGCAGAAUCACUGAAGAAGGUUAUAAAGCUCUGGCUUCAACUCUGAGAUCAAACCCUUCACACCUGAUAGAGCUGGAUCUCACAGGAAAUGAUCCUGGACAAUCAGGAGUGAAGGAACUUAGUGAUUUACUACAGAGUCAAAAGCAUUCGCUGAAGACACUAAAGUUUUUGAGUCCUGCUGCAGAUGUAGCCUGUAAAUAUCUGACUAAGGUUCUUCACAAUAAAAACCCGUUACUCAUGAGAGAGCUGAAUCUUAGUGGACAUAAACUAGGAGACACACAAGUGAAUCAGCUCGCUUCUCUUCUGCAGGACAAACACUGUAAACUCAACACACUCCAGCUGAAUAAUAACAGUAUGACAGCAGAAGGUUGUGCUACUAUGAUUUCAGCAUUAAAUGCAACCCUUUCAAACCUGAGAGAGCUAGAUAUGAGUGAGAAUAAACUAGGAAAUUCAGGAAUUGAGAACAUCUGUCAUCUGUUGGAAAAUCCACAUUGCAGACUAGAGAGACUGAAACUCUGUAACUGCAGAAUCACUGAAGUAGGUUAUAAAGCUCUGGCUUCAGCUCUGAGAUCAAACCCUUCACACCUGAUCGAGCUGGAUCUCACGGGAAAUGAUCCUGGAAAAUCAGGAGUGAAGGAGCUCUGUGAUUUACUACAGGAUCCCAACUGUCAUCUGAAGACACUAAGGCUGCGUGAUUGUGAUCUAACGGAGAAAAGCUGUUCAGCUCUCGCUGCAAUCCUGAGGUCAAACACCAGUCUAAAAGAUCUUGACCUGAGCAACAAUAAUCUGCAGGAUUCAGGAGUGAAGAUACUUCAGAGCGGAUUAGAAAACUGCACACUGGAGAAACUCAGACUCUGUAACUGCAGAAUCACUGAAGAAGGUUAUAAAGCUCUGGCUUCAGCUCUGAGAUCAAACCCUUCACACCUGAAAGAGCUGGAUCUCACAGCAAAUGAUCCUGGAAAAUCAGGAGUGAAGGAGCUCUGUGAUUUACUACAGGAUCCCAACUGUCAACUGAAGACACUGAGGUUUUUGGGUCCUGCUGCAGAUGAAGGCUGUCAGUUUGUGACUGGAAUUGUGGGUAAAAACCCAUUACUCAUGAGCGAGCUGAAUCUGAGUGGACGUAAACUAGGAGACACACAAGUAAAUCAGAUCGCUGCUCUACUGCAGGACAAACACUGUACACUCAACACAAUUCAGUUAAGAAGGUGUAAUAUGACAGAUGAAUGUUGUUCUGCUGUGACUUCCGCUCUGAAAUCAAACCCAUCACACCUGAGAGAGCUGGACCUCAGUGAGAAUCAAAUAGAAAACACAGGAGUGAAUCAUUUAUGUGAUGUACUGAAGGAUUCACAAUAUAAACUGGAGAGAUUGAGGUUAAGAAGGUGUAAUAUGACAGAUGAAUGUUGUUCUGCUGUGACUUCAGCUCUGAAAUCAAACCCAUCACACCUGAGAGAGCUGGACCUCAGUGAGAAUAAACUAGGAGACUCUGGAGUGAAAAACCUCAGUGAUCUACUGAUGAACCAACAAUGCAAGCUGGAAACACUGGAUCUGUGUAGAUGCAAUAUUACAGAGAAACAGUGUCUCAUCCUGACUCCGGCUCUGAAAUCAAACCCAUCACACCUGAGAGAGCUGGACCUCAGUGAGAAUAAACUAGGAGACUCUGGAGUGAAAAACCUCAGUGAUCUACUGAUGAACCAACAACGCAAGCUGGAGAAACUACGCCUGUCUAAAUGCAGUAUUACAGAGAAACAGUGUCUCAUCCUGACUCCGGCUCUGAAAUCAAACCCAUCACACCUGAAGGAACUGGACCUCAGUGGGAAUCAACUAGGGCAGUUUGGAUUGAAAAACCUCAUUGAUCUAUUGAUGAACAAACAAUGCAAGAUGGAGAAACUACGUCUCAGUGGAUGCAGUAUUACAGAGAAACAGUGUCUCAUCCUGACUCCAGUACUCUGUAUGAAACUUACACACCUGAGAGAGCUGGACCUCAGUGGGAAUAAAAUAGAAAACACAGGAACUGAGGUCUUGUGUGACAUAUUGAGGGAUUCACUUUGUAAGCUGGAGAAAUUGAGCUUAAAUAACUGUGGAAUUACAGAUGCUGCUUGUUUGUCUCAGUCUUUGACUGUAAAAAAAGCACUGGAGUUUUUAAAGGAGCUAAAUCUGAGUCAUAAUAGCUUAGGAAACUCAAAGGAGCAGCUCAUUAAAGUGCUACAAAACACAAACUGUAAACUAAGGUGA